AUGCACGUAUCACUAACCUUAUAUCGGACCCCCACAUACCCCCCAGAGCUGCAAAUCCUCCCCGCCAAUCCCCUGGGCCGGUCGUGGGGGCCGCAGAUCUCCGCCGCGCCGCCCCCCGGAUCCCUCUCCACACACACCACCUCGCUGGUGGCUGCGUGGGAUCGCACUCAGCGCGUACCAACUGGACUGGGGGGCUGUGGUGUGCUCGGAGUGGGCAUCUGGCUCUCUGUGACGCAGGGAAGCUUCGCCACGCUCUCCUCGUCGCUGCCUUCGAUGUCGGCCGCCAACCUCCUCAUCGCCGUGGGAUCCAUCACCAUGGUGGUCGGCUGUCUGGGCUGUGUGGGCGCGGUCAAAGAGAGCCGGCCCCUCCUGCUGGCGCUGGUUCAACAGCAGCAGAGACUGGACCGACACUGGACCGACACUGGACCGUCACUGGACCAUCACUGGACCGUCACUGGACCGUCACUGGACCGUCACUGGACCGUCACUGGACCGUCACUGCGGCUGUCGGCUCGCUUUCUUCCGGAUCAAUACCACGUCUGA